AUGGAAGGAAAGAGGAAACCAUCUUUGCUCCUUGGGUCAGCCACCGACCUGAAAAAGCACCUUCUAUCAGCAACCCGAGUGGCCACCCUGCGUGGAGAAACAGAUCAGUGCCUAGCUCAGCUGUUAUCAGAGAAGCUUCUUCCUGCAGCAGAUGAGAAUGAAGAACUCGUCAGUGUGCAGAGAAGUGGCUUCUCUGGGUCUCUGAUCAUUAGUUACAAAGUCAAGCUGGACACAGAAAUCCUCUUCGGUGACAGUGUGGGAGACUUUGUGACCGUGACCUUGAGCGUGAAAAGGGGAAAGGAAGUCGCUCCGCCAGCACCAGCGCCACUGUCCUCGCUGCACCCCGCGCCUCAACAGCCCCACAGAGCCGUCCACAUCCUGAACAUGCAGCCUAGCAGCUCUGACACGGACCCCGCGCCCAGCUGGACACCACAGCCACAGGGACCCAGCCCUGCCAAGCGCCACUGCCUCCACGAUUCUCAGGCGCCAUUCCACCCUGAGGAGCCCGCUGGGGCCACGAGCUAUGCAUCGACCUCCAUGGUGUUCCUGGCCGCUGACUGCGUCCUACAGCUGCAGCUGGAUGGCGUCGAACUGUUGCUGGAGCCGGAUGCCAACUCCGUCCUGGAAGUGGAGCUCCCCGAAAACACCAUCAUCCUGGUGCCCGAGGGCCUCCAGGCUCCAGACCAUCUUGGACAGCCUGGGUUCUUGUCCGCCACCCCGCAGGGGGGCGCUGUCUUGGAAAUGCCAGCGGAUGACCUUCUAGUCCUCCAGCCGGGAUCCUCCUGUCAGUUCAUUCUAGAAAGUUCCUACCAAGAGGAAUCCUAUGAUGAGGAUGAGGACUCUGGCUCCCUGUCACCAUGCAUGGAUCCUCCAGCUGGUCAGGCAAGUGAGCACUUUUCCUCCACCAUCAGGAUGCCCAGUCCUUGGCCUCAGGGCCACAUCCCAGAACCAUAUCCUUCAGGGUCUUCCCCUAAUGCAGAGCCAUAUUCUCCAAGGUCUGUCUGGGACCAGGACAGCUACCUGCUGGGACCCUUCCCCAGCUCACCCCUGCAGCCUCUGCCUCCAUCUCCUCCUCCAAGUCCCCAAGAGCAGCGUCCUCCGUCCUCUCCUCGGUCCCCAUGCAAGGCCAGGAAGAGACUGUUCUGUGAAUGA